AUGUCAACACUAGAAGACCUCGAUGACAUCGAGCGCGAUGAGAAGGAGCAAAAGAAGGAAGACAACAAUGAGAAGAAAUCAUCAGGCACGGGCGACGCCAAAGAUGCCGAAAUGAAAGAUGCCGACGCCGAUAAGAAAGAUGAAGAAGAGGAAUACAUUGAUACCGAAAUCCUUCAAUCCAGCACCAGAGACAUCAUCAAUCGGCGGCGGUUACUUGAGAAUGAAAUGAAGAUCCUCAAGAGUGAGUUUCAAAGAUUGAAACAUGAGGAGACAACAAUGAAGGACAAGAUCAAGGACAAUCUGGACAAGAUCGAGAAUAACCGCCAACUACCCUAUCUAGUUGGAAACGUUGUCGAACUUCUAGACCUUGACGUCGAGGCUGAGGCUGCGGAGGAAGGCGCCAACAUCGAUCUCGACGCCACACGAGUCGGCAAAUCUGCGGUCAUCAAGACGAGUACGAGACAGACUAUCUUCCUGCCUCUGAUCGGUCUUGUGGAUCAUAAUAAGCUCAAACCGGCGGAUUUGAUUGGUGUCAACAAAGACUCAUACCUGGUUUUGGACACACUGCCCGCAGAAUACGACUCCCGGGUGAAAGCCAUGGAGGUCGAUGAGAAACCCACCGAAAAAUAUACCGAUGUUGGUGGUCUCGACAAGCAGAUUGAGGAACUUGUUGAGGCAGUCGUCUGGCCGAUGAAGGAAGCAGAGCGCUUCGCGAAGAUUGGCAUCAAAGCACCCAAGGGUGCAUUGAUGUAUGGGCCUCCGGGUACCGGCAAGACUCUCCUUGCUCGUGCCUGCGCUGCUCAAACAAAUGCCACUUUCCUCAAACUCGCCGGCCCUCAGCUGGUUCAGAUGUUUAUUGGUGAUGGUGCUAAACUUGUCCGCGAUUGUUUUGCCCUGGCCAAGGAGAAGGCUCCAUCAAUCAUCUUCAUUGACGAACUCGAUGCCGUGGGUACCAAGCGUUUCGAUUCCGAAAAGAGUGGCGACCGAGAAGUGCAGAGAACCAUGUUGGAAUUACUCAAUCAGCUUGACGGAUUUGCUUCGGACGAGAGAAUCAAGGUUCUAGCAGCUACGAACAGAGUUGAUGUCCUUGAUCCCGCCCUGCUACGUUCAGGCCGAUUGGAUCGAAAAAUUGAAUUCCCUUUGCCCAACGAAGAGUCGCGAGCUCAGAUUCUUCGUAUCCAUUCCAGGAAGAUGACCAUUGAUGAAGGUAACAUCAACUGGAAUGAACUUGCACGAAGCACUGACGAGUUUGGUGGUGCAAUGCUCAAGGCCGUUUGUGUCGAAGCUGGCAUGAUUGCCCUGCGCAAAGGACACUCCAAGGUGACUCACGAGCACUUUGUCGACGCCAUCGCCGAAGUUCAGGCCAAGAAGAAAGACACUGUCAACUUCUACGCUUAA